AGCAGGGUCCCUUGUCAGAUCCACCACUAAUUAAUUGUUAAAGGAAGCGGAAGAAAGAUUGAUCAAAUUAUCGCAGAGGAAUUGAAGAUGGGUUGGAGAGGGAUACUGGGUUUUGAAUAUGGUAUAGUUCAGGCCCCAUUAGGCCCUGAUAUCUCUGCUCCCCCACUUGUUGCUGCAGUUGCCAAUGCUGGUGCUCUUGGACUUCUUAGGGCCCCUGAUUGGGAAUCGCCGGAUUACUUGAGGGAACUCAUAAAGACGACUAGGACCUUAACUGAUAAACCCUUCGGGGUUGGCGUCGUUCUAGCUUUUCCUUUUGAGGAGAAUUUGAAUGUCAUUUUGGAAGAAAAAGUUGCAGUCUUGCAAGUUUAUUGGGGUGAUUGUACAAGGGAAUUGGUGAAUAAGGCUCAUUCCGCUGGGAUCAAAGUUGUUCCUCAAGUUGGGAAUAUUGAAGGUGCGAAGCAGGCAAUUGAAGCAGGUGCCGAUGGAAUAAUUGUACAAGGACUUGAAGCCGGUGGUCAUGUCAUUGGUCAGGAUGGUCUAAUUACAUUGGUGCCCAGAGUGGUUGAUCUUGUUGGUGACCGAGAGAUACCAGUUAUUGCAGCUGGAGGAAUUGUGGAUGCUCGGGGUUAUGUUGCUGCUCUAGCACUUGGUGCUCAAGGCGUCUGUCUAGGCACUAGGUUUUUGGCUACUGAGGAAAGCAAUGCUCAUCCUACAUACAAAAGGAAGUUACUUGAACUUGAUGAAACUGCGUACACGGAUGUAUUUGGGAGGGCAAGAUGGCCUGGCGCCCCUCAACGUGUCUUGCAGACACCUUUCUAUAAGGAAUGGAGAUCCCUUCCGCCACAUGAAAGUGAAGCCAACAAGCCUGUCAUUGGCCAUUCAACAAUUAAUGGCGUGGAUAAAGAGAUACGGCGUUUUGCAGGUACCGUCCCAAACAAGACAACUACUGGAGAUCUUGAGAGCAUGGUGAUGUAUGCUGGCCAAGGUGUUGGUCUCAUCAAGGAAAUUCUGCCUGCUGGUGAAGUGGUAAAGAGGCUAGUUGAAGGGGCACAGCUUAUAAUGCAGCAAAACUUUAAAUAGAUUGUCAAAUCUCAAUAGCAGGCUUACAUUCACUAGAUUUCUAGUGGCCUGAAAUAACAAGAGUGCCAGCUUCAAAUCAAAAUUCAUUUGGAGAAAUAUGUAAUAUUCACAGUGCUACAGGAAAAAAAUAAUCAAAUCUUCUUGAAACAUUGCUUCACCAAUCACCAUUAUACAUAAUUGAAAAUAAAAUAAACCAAGUUAAUAUA